AUGGGGUACAAGGACUAUGCCAGUCCAGAUGUUGUGGCAGAUUUAAAUGUUCUUUUCAACCCGAGAGACUCACAGUCUCGCAUUGACCUGAUAAACCAGCAUCGGGAGAGGGCUGCUUGGGAGGCCGCGUGUGCAGUUGAGCGGUUCAUAAAGCUUGAGAAACUGCAUUUCCCUCUUCAGAGAUAUCGGCGACCACAAAGCAUUGGACCAAUUGGCAACGACCGUGACGAGGAUUGA